AUGGGAGGACUUUCGUCCGAAUCGCCGGGGGUUCAUCCCUUGCUUAUGGCCCAGAAUGUGGAAUCCCAGAUUCACUUGAUUAUCGGCUCAAAUUCAUUGUCUGUGGCACGAUGCAGCAAAUGCAUUGAUGCGGGAGCUAUUCCAGUCAUAAUAGCGCCUCCUAAUGGGGAUAUGGCCGCUUCCCUCUCUCAAAAGAUCCAAGAUGGUAGCGUUCGGUGGAUACAGCGAGAAUUUGAAGAUAACGAUCUGUCAACGUUGGGAAGAGCGGAGGUGGAUGGUUACGUGGACGCGGUGUUUAUUACGGCUGGCGCUAACAAUCACUUGAAUUCACAUAUCUCCAAACUUUGCAGAGGUCUACGGAUUCCAGUGAAUGUUGUAGAUGCGUCAGAACUUUGUUCUUUCAGCCUGCUCUCCACUUAUUCCGAUGGCCCCCUUCAAAUCGGUGUCACGACAUCCGGAAGGGGCUGCAAACUUGCAUCCCGCUUGCGACGGGAAAUUGCUUCUUAUUUACCGCCAGGGCUUGGCACAGCUAUUGAAAUACUAGGAAGCGUUAGGAAACGAAUCUGGGAGGAAGAUGUUUCCGCAGCACCCAGCACAAGUUUUCAUUUCGAGGUCGGCGACGACGAUUCGGAAGCCCAAAAGCAUACCUUCAAUUCGUUAAUUCUGCCUGAACAUCCUGAUGUUGCAAAGACGAGAAGAAUGCGCUGGCUUUCUCAAAUAUGCGAGUACUGGCCGCUUCGUAGGCUGGCAAGCAUUACAGACGCGGAUAUGGAGAAGAUCCUCGCCGCCUAUAAAGAAGCGAAAACCGCUGAUAUUAGUGAUGCACAUGGUGCACACGAAGAGAAAAGGGGGCAAAUAAUCUUAGCUGGUUCGGGACCAGGGCAUCCAGAUCUCGUCACCCGUGCGACAUACCACGCCAUCAAAACUGCAGACUUAAUAUUAUCCGAUAAACUCGUCCCGGCUCCGGUAUUAGAUCUUGUUCCUCGAAGGACGGAGGUUCAUAUCGCACGCAAAUUCCCCGGAAAUGCCGAUAAAGCGCAGGAUGAGUUGCUUGACAUGGCUUUGGCAGGCUUGCGCGCUGGAAAGAGAGUUUUACGGCUUAAGCAAGGCGAUCCGUAUUUGUAUGGCCGUGGUGCAGAGGAAUAUGAAUUCUUCAGAGCGAAGGGCUAUUCACCCGUUGUUCUUCCAGGAAUAACCAGUGCUUUGAGUGCGCCACUGUUUGCAGAUAUACCUGCAACUCAUCGCGGCGUAGCCGAUCAGGUUCUGAUAUGUACUGGAACAGGGCGGCAUGGCGCCGCGCCGGAACCGCCCAGCUAUAUUCCCACGCAAACAGCGGUGUUCCUUAUGGCACUUCACCGGCUUCCAUCGCUGGUGGAGUCAUUAACUACCGCUGUCCCGGACGAGGCACUUUCGUCGAGACGUCCUUGGCCACGAGAUACUCCUUGCGCAGUCGUUGAAAGGGCUUCGUGUGCGGACCAGAGAGUCAUAAGGUCGACACUUGAGCAUGUCUGCGCAGCUGUCGAAGCGGAAGGCUCAAGGCCCCCUGGUCUCCUUAUUGUCGGAAGGAGCUGUGAAGUCCUGCAUCGCACUGAUCAAAAGUGGGUGGUAGAAGAAGGAUUUAAGGGGUUGGACGACAUUCGACAUGGUGAGCACCUGCAUGUGAUUGAUAAACUAGGUUAG